AGAUUGAUCAAUUGUAAAAAAAGUGUGACAUUAUGGAAGAAGAGACAUCACGAGAUAGUGAAGAUAUCUCUGAAGAUGACCCAGAAAAGAAAACAAUAAAAGGAAAAAUCAAACAGAAAAGAACAAAAGAAAUAAUGACAAAAAAGUCAAUUGAGCAAUCAAAUCAAGGAAUCUCUGAUGAUGAUUACAGUCAGCUAUUGCAUGAUAUAUCAGAAUGGUACGAUGGAAGUGACUCCAUUAGUAUGCUGAAAGUAUUGUACAGAGAUCAUGUGACUGAUGUUUAUACACUAGAUAAAGCUAAUAAGAUGCGUGACUUGCUGGACAACUUGCGUGCUUCUGGGAAUCUGAGUCCGAAAGAUCUUAGUAUUCUGUGCGACACCAUAAAUAUAACUAAACAAUUUGGAUUCAUACUAAAGAAUAACAAUCUGCUUCCAUUAUUCCAGAAUGAAAUAUCAAAAUUCACACCACACAGGCAAAAGCUUGUAAAACUAGGAAUGACAUUGAAUGAAGCGGAUGUAGCAACACUGGAUGGUUUUUUUAACACGACGCGUCUAAAAAAAUAUAAAGACAGUUGGCAUUUGAUUAGGGAUCUAGAGCACAGAAGAGAAAUUUGUGAAGAAAACAUAAAAUCAUUCAUUGAAAAGUUGAAAAAACUCCAACUCUUUUCGGCUGUGGAAGCUCUUAUAGAAGGUAAUGAAGAACCAUCAAAAUCAAAACGACCAAAGUUAAAUGAAGGUAUUGAAGAACCCUCAACAUCAAAACGACCAAAGUUAAAUGAAGGUAAUGAAGAACCAUCAACAGCAAAACGACAAAAGUUAAAUGAAGUGAAUAGGACAGUGGUCUAUGGAAAAGAUGAUGAAACAUACGCAUCUUUUUAUAACCGUUUGAAAGAUAACGUAAGACUGUCAAACAUGUUUAUAAGAAAGAAUGUUGAUGGGGAUGGGAACUGUUUUUUAUACUGCAUCCAAGAUCAGUUUGAGAGGUUGUGUUUACCAAAUCGAUCUACUGCACAACUCAGGGCUGAUUUAGUAGACUACUUGCGACAUUUGGAUGAAAAAGACCCAUUGACCAGCCUUAUAGAUGACAAAUAUCUAGAUGAUUUGAGUAAAGGUGGUACUUUUGUUGAUGAAGUAGCCGUACGUGGGCUGUCACGAAUAUUAAAUCACAACUUUUACAUUGUGACGAGUCAGAGAAAAAGCACAGAGCAGGGUUACUUGGUCACAAAAAUUAAAGAAAACUCCAAUCCAUAUGGUCUAAUGUUAUUUGGUCAAAUAGGAGAGCUACACUAUAUCAGCUUAGGAUAUGGUGGAUCAGCAACUGGUAUGGGAGAAAGUGCAAUGUCUGGUCAUCAACAGCAGCAACCACCACCAGCAAGACACAUGAUCCUGCCUCAACAGCUGCAGCAGCCCCAAGCACAGAUCCGGAACCAGUCGAUGGCCAAUUCGUUGAGAUUAGCUGUGCAGUGUAAACACCCGAUGCAAAGCCUUCAAAGACCAUCCCCAGGCAUUCCAAGCAUAUUUUCAGACUCUUCUGGUCUUUGUGAUGAAGACAAGGUUAUUAGAGAAUAUCUACUAAGUAGACAACAGAGAGUGUGCAGCACUGGCAGAUGGUUUACACCAGCAACUUGGAAUACUGCAUACCAUUUAGACAUUGCUGACAUGUUCACUGACCUAGACUUACUCAAAGAAGGUAAAAACAGAGAAAAGAAAGAUGCCAAGCCAACAACUUUGAAAGAGGUUUUAGAUAUUAUAAAAUCAACAUCUGCACGUAAAGUUCUAAUAGAAGGUGAGGGCGGUAUCGGCAAAUCAACCCUCCUCAGGUAUGUAGCAUACGAAUGGUCCACAGAGCAAUCCGAUGAAAUGUUCAAAGGUAAAAUAGUGUUUCUUGUCAACAUCCGAGAUAUUGAUGUAGGUGAAACUAUUUUGGAUGCUAUUUUGAAACAAAUAGACCCUGAGGAUUUUCAUCUUGAAACAGGUUUUUCUCAUAAUCCUAUAUUAAUAAAACGAUUUAUUCAAAAACACAGUGAUAUCGUAUUGUUAUUGGAUGGAUUAGAUGAAUUGAAAGAUGGUAGUGGGAGUCCAAUAAGCAUUUUCAAAAAUGAAAAAAUGUACAAGUGUAAAGUGAUACUUACAUCACGAUCUGAAAACCUCAAUGAGUUCGUUAAAUAUAGCAACGUACAUGUGAAAGUAAAGGGAUUUGAUAGUGUUCAUAUUGAAAAAUACAUUAAGAAACAUUUUGCUUUCUUUAAAAAAACUGAAUUAGGAGACUUGCUAAUUGAGGAGUUAUCCUAUAAUAUGGUAGUACGUGAUAUGUGUAAGAAUCCAAUGUUGCUUCUGUUAGUAUGUAUCACAUGGGAAGAAAAGAAACACCUUCCAGCUGACAAAGCUGACCUCUUUAAAGAUAUUUUUAGAUGCAUCUUGAAUCGGUUCAUUGACAAACAAGCAGUUAAAGAGAAAAAAAUCUCAGUAUUUGAAAAUACUCCAAAGAAGUUUGUAAAGGCAAUGCUUCUGUUAGGAAAGUGUUUCUGUAAAAGCUUAAAGAAAAACCAACUUUCAAUUAACAAAAGAGAUUUGAAAGGACCACAAGAAAUGGUUGCACUGGCUUUAAAACUGGGAUUUGUGUAUGAAGAUACACCAAAUCAGAAAUCUGAUUUUGAAGAGAUUUUUACAACUCCUCACAAGUUGAUAGUAGAGUCAUUAGUAGGGUUUUACUUAUAUAAACUAUGUCAGACAGAAAUGUUGGAGAAUGAGUGUUCAAAGGGCAUGGAAAUGCUGCUUAAGCCAUUGGCUGAUAAUGAAUGGCAAAUGAUAAGAAGAAGUGAAAAUUUUCACAUGGCAAGGGUGUUUACAAUUGGAUUCCUGGGUGCCAAGUCUGGCAUAUUUUUGAGUCAUUGGAUAACUAAUGAUAUCUCAGCAUAUCAUUCUUUAAUGACAUAUUUAGAAUUUGUAAAAGAAGAGCACAUGGAUACUGUAGAUGAGGGAUUGCACUUUGUCUGGUGA